GUGAACUAAAACAUUCAACCUCACUCCUCUCCUCUUGCUCCCCGACCGACCGCACCGCCUCAUCUGUGGCGUCUACAGACCCCAAGGCUCAGUUGACAUACGCCAAGGAGCUGCAUUGUUGUGUGUUUGUCUCCGUAACCCAUUCUAGCGCAAAGGGUUGCCACCGCUCAUUUGCAGUCACAGCCCCGGUACAUACGGUAGAGAAGAAGAAGCCUUAGCUAGUAUUCUGUCCGAUAACAGGAAAAAGCAUGUCUACUCAGCCCGGUGAGGAGCUAGGCUCGGAGGGGAGGUGGUUUGGGGAUGACUAUGAGAGAAACGGCCUGUUUGGUAACACACAGAGCCGGUUUGACGAGCUACGUGAAGAAUUUAAGCCGAGAGGCGGCGAGGUGGCGGGCGACCUGGAUCAACAAUUUCAUCUUUUCCAGGACGACGGGAAAAGGCCUCCCGUUGCUAUGGAAACUGCAUCUACAGAUGACCCCAUGUCCGGCCUGUUUAGGAAGCCUAUGAAUGAUGAUGGUGAUGUCUACACUUCCCUGAUGUCAAAUCAGAGCUUCACAUCGGGUCGAGAAGCCUCCUACCUGUCGGACGACCUGAAAUCGUCCAAGCCCUCCUCUGGCUCCUCUGGCCUGGAUCACUUCUCCAGCGACACCUAUAGCUUCAGCUCCAACACCAAGAUGACUUCCGACCUGGCUGAUGACAUGCCAAAAUCUCUGUUUGGCUCAGAUAAGACAGAAUCCUACAACUACAUGGACAUCAACUAUGGGGAUGAGCGCCGUGACCAGCACAGCCUGGUGGACACAGGCUCAACUGGUCAUGACUCAUUGGUCAGCUACAUGGAUAAAAACCAUGGAAGAGAUGAGGAGGAGGAAGAGGAAAACCUAGGUCCAGCACUGGGCUCCCACUCCUUCCCGUACGUGGAGGAGCCAUCUGAUGAAGAGCUGUCAGACUACCGCUCCUACCGAAACCUGGGUGGCACCCCACAGACGGCCAGCCCAGUGAAGAUCACCUUGACCGAGUCCCAGCCUCCAACUGCCAAAACUGAGCCGCUGCAACAUCCCCCUCCAGUCAGUGUGCCUGAUCGUGAAAACGUCCUCAGUGUGGGCUUACAGGGGGUUCCAACUGUGACGCUAUCAGAGCCAGAGGAUGACAGCCCUGCUUCCACUCCCAAUGCUUCACCAACACAAAAAGAAUUCACUUCCCAGGAUAUGUUCAAGGCUGACACAGUGAAGCCUGCAGCUUCCAAAAGCAGUCCAAGCACAAAGGCAGGCAGCAGGGAGCAAGAUGGCAGCAGCGCAGAGUCUGGAGACUCAGAGAUUGAGCUGGUGUCUGAGGAGCCUCCAAAGGCCACUAGCAACCCAUUUGCCCAGCCGCCUAAAAGCAAGGGCACUUCCAGCCAGCCUAACAACCCCUUUGACAAUCCCCCAGUCGCCAAGGGUGGUUUCGGCCUAGCAGGCAACCACGCUCCACCCACAGCCUACAGCAUUCUGAGGGAGGAGAGAGAGGCAGAGCUUGACAGUGAUCUCUUCAUUGAGUCUGCGUCUGAAGAGAGCCCAAAGAGAGAGCAGGGCUUCAGUGGCCCCAAACAGGGAGUCAGCCCUCCUUCUCCCCUGGUUCCCAGUGCCACCCCUCCCUGCAGUACGGCUGAGGCAAUGCCAGCCGAGCCCCUGAUCACAGAAAAGGUCAAGACCCCAGUGAAAAUAGAGGAGGAUCGCCCCAGCAAGCCCAAACCACCCACUGCUGCUGUGCCCCCAGAGGUGCGAUCAGAGAGGCCCCACCAGGACGACAUGCACAAGCACACCAAUGAGGGCAAAGGAGAUCUGGGAAAACCUGCCGCCUCAACCAUCCUGCAGGGCUUUGAUAAGCAAAAAGCGAUUGACCUGCUCUACUGGAGGAAUGUGAAGCAGUCGGGGGCCGUGUUCAGCAGCGUGCUUCUGCUCCUCUUCUCCCUGACCCAGUUCAGCGUGGUCAGCGUCGGCGCCUACUUAGCCUUGGCAGCCCUCUCUGCUACCAUCAGCUUCAGGAUCUACAAGUCUGUGCUGCAGGCUGUGCAGAAGACCGAUGAGGGACAUCCUUUCAAAGCCUACCUGGAGAUCGAAAUCGCUCUUUCCCAGGACCAGAUUAGUAAAUAUGCCGACAAAAUCCUGCUGUAUACCAACACCUGUAUGAAGGAGCUCCGCAGGCUGUUCCUCGUACAAGACCUGAUCGACUCCUUGAAGUUUGCUGUUUUGAUGUGGCUGCUGACCUACGUGGGUGCUCUCUUCAACGGCCUGACACUGCUCAUCCUAGCUGUGGUCUCCAUGUUCACCAUGCCUGUGGUCUAUGAGAAACAUCAGGCACAGAUUGAUCAGUAUGUGGGACUAAUACGGACCCAGGUCAACUCUGUGGUGGGGAAGAUCCAAGCGAAGAUCCCUGGGGCCAAGAGGAAGGAGGAGUAGACAUGUCUGUAUCACUGUGAAGCUGACAGUCCAGUCCAGCUCAUAGUCAGGCAGCUUGGUCACGAGCCUGGUCGUCAUCUGUGGGGCAUAGUGCUAUGUCAUCUUGGUGUUCUCUUAAUGCAUCCACUGGAGAAACCUUCACCCUGUCUAUAGCAGUUUAAACACUAACACAGUCACACGUACGUACAUAAUCCUGAUUCUAGGUAGACAAGUACACAACUCCAAAACAAAAAAAGAAACUGACUUUUUUGUGUUGCUUAUUAUUAAAGUGCAUGAAGUCGAGCCUUGGGUAAAUAUUUGAACUUUUGUGCAGUUUUUAAAACACGCUACUUUUUCGCUUUGCAGUACAAACCACAAACUGUAUGGUUUGGCACAAAAAAGCUAAAUGCCCACAGACGUGCUCUGCUGCCAAUGUUAAAUACUGCUUCAUGUUUCUGAGUUAGCAGACAGAGCUUCUCUCAGUAUAUGUCAAUAUAUAUACAUAGCAAAAAUGAUUUCCUUUUGGUGUUUCCAAGCACAACAUAAUUUAACAAUAUGCGUCUUAGAUGUGGUAAUUGUAGGGUUUUUGCUUUUGUAUAACCAUAAGGAACAAUACACACGCUCAUGUUUUAGGUACUGUUGUACAACUACUAUGAAGACAAGGAGUAUCUGGUGAUAUUUAGCUUGUUUGAAUAACUGUCCAACUUUGUACUAUGUUCAACUAUACUCUGUAGUUAUUUAGACCCUGGACUCUAACUAUUUGCACUUAACUAUGUAUUUAAUUACAAGAAUAAUAAAAAUAAAUGUACCUUGAUGUAUAACA